AUGAAAGCUAAUGCGUCAAUUCCUCUUCUUGGUGGAACGUAUAGGGACCAAGAUGCUUUCACGACAAUGUUAUAUAAAUAUGAAACUUUGCAAAUCAUGCAUACCUCUGAUCUUACUGGAACCUUUAUCCUGUCUUCAGAACCAAUAGCUGUAUUCUCUGGAAAUCGAUGUCAGCAGCUUAAUAUUGGUGCGUGUAGUCACAUGGUAUCUCAAUUACCCCCCAUAAACGAAUUUGAUAACAAAUACAUUGUGCCCCCAUUCUAUGACAACUCACGAACAUUGAUUCAAGUGAUAAGUGAAAGUCAGACUUCUAUUAAAAUCAGUAUUGGAGCCCGUGUUUCGAAUUGGCAUAUGAAUGAAAAAGAUUACAAGAACAUUGAAGUAAGAGGAAAUGAAACAAUGGUUUUAGAUUCAGAUAAUGCCGUACUUAUUACUGGGUUUGCGAUGGAAUCCAAGAAAAAUGAUCCAUAUAUGAGCGUCAUGCCGGGGAUCCAUCAAUAUAUCGACUACUAUAUGAUUGUUAUACCAGAAGGAUAUACAACAAACUACAUUUGUGUGCUAAUUCCACAGUAG